AUGAUCAUUAAGCUGCUUUCAGCUAAAGAGUUUCUCAGUCCAUUUCUUCUGCUGACGCUUCUCUACACUUGUUGCCAUUCACUGGACAACACCAUAACCACAAACCACCCCAUCAAAGAUGGCGACGUUUUGGUCUCCGACGGGUUAGGAAACUUUGCACUCGGUUUUUUCAGCCCGCGAAACUCCACCAGCCGAUACGUUGGGAUAUGGUACAACAAAAUCUCGGAACAAACGGUUGUGUGGGUUGCCAACAGAGACACUCCUCUUAACGACACUUCCGGUGUUCUCUCUAUCAACAACCACGGAAACAUCGUACUCCACGAUAAUAAAACCCGAAACCUCAACCCCGUUUGGUCUUCAAACGCUUCCGUCGCAUCAACGAACGUUUUGGCCAAGCUUUUGGACACGGGAAACCUAGUUUUGGUUCAAACCGACAUAAAUAUAGCUCGCUGGCAGAGUUUUGAUCAUCCUAGUAAUACUUUGCUUCCAUUCAUGAAACUCGGGUUGGACCGCAAAACCGGUCUGGACCGGUUCUUAACAUCGUGGAAAUCAGGAAACGACCCUGGAACCGGGAACGUGACGUAUAAAAUCGACCCAACCGGGUUUCCGCAACUGUUUCUGUACAAAGGUGAUGCUCCGUUGUGGAGGGUCGGGUCGUGGACGGGUCAGAGAUGGAGCGGGGUGCCCGAGAUGACUCCGAAUUUUAUUUUCAACGUUAGUUACGUGAACGACGAGAACGAGGUUUCGAUAGUGUACGGAGUGAAGGACCCGACAGUGUUCUCGAGAAUGGUGUUGGAGGAGGCGGGGCACGUGACGAGGUCCACGUGGCAGGGUCACGAGCGCAAGUGGUUUUCGAUAUGGGACGCGCCAAAGGAGGAGUGCGAUAACUUCAGGCGGUGCGGGUCGAACGCGAACUGCGACCCGUAUCACGCUGAUAAGUUCGAGUGCGAGUGUUUGCCCGGGUUCGAACCCAGGUCCGAGAGGGAGUGGUUUCUUCGAGACGGGUCGGGUGGGUGCGUGCGGAAGAGAAAUGUGUCGACGUGUGGAAGCGGAGAGGGGUUCGUGGAGGUGGAACGUGUGAAGGUUCCGGACACGUCGAAGGCGCGUGUGGUGGCGAUGAUUGGGAUUAGAGAGUGCAGGGAGAGAUGCUUGAAGGAUUGCACGUGUGCGGCGUACACUAGUGCGAACGAGAGCUCGGAGAGUGGAUGUGUUACUUGGCACGGUGACAUGGAGGACACGAGGACGUACACGCAACUAGGACAAAAUUUGUUCGUGCGAGUGGAUGCUCUUGAAUUAGCUAAAUAUGCAAAACAUCCUCACGGUUCUCUUGGAAUGAAGUGGAUGGUGGCAAUUUUAAUCGCUGCUGUUUUCAUGUUAUUGUUUUUGGUAGUCACUUUCGUGAAUUGGUUUGUUAAAGCCAGGAAAAGAGGCUUAAAAAGGAAUCGCAAGUAUUCCUUUCGUCUUAGCUUGGAGGACUCUACUGAUCUACAAGAAUUUAGCAUUAAAAAGAAUUCAGAUUUACCGUUCUUUGAUCUUAGCUCCAUAGCUGCUGCCACAGACAAUUUUUCUGAUUCUAACAAGCUUGGCCAAGGAGGUUUUGGUUCUGUUUAUAAGGGUCUACUGAGUAAUGGAAUGGAAAUAGCAGUGAAGAGACUGUCAAAGUACUCUGGACAAGGCAUAGAAGAGUUUAAAAAUGAGGUGGUUUUGAUCUCAAAGCUCCAACACAGAAAUCUGGUGAGGAUCUUAGGUUGCUGCAUUCAAGGAGAGGAGAAGAUGUUAAUCUAUGAGUAUUUGCCUAAUAAGAGUUUGGACUCUUUAAUUUUUGAUGAAUUGAAAAGGUCACAACUAGACUGGAAAAAGCGAUUUGAUAUCAUCUGUGGGAUUGCUAGAGGAAUCUUAUACCUUCAUCAAGAUUCACGAUUGAGAAUCAUUCAUAGAGACCUAAAAGCCAGCAACGUCUUGCUGGACUCUGUACUGAACCCCAAAAUUGCAGAUUUUGGUAUGGCUCGAAUAUUUGCUGGAAACCAAAUUGAAGCAAACACAAAUCGUGUUGUUGGAACCUAUGGCUAUAUGUCACCAGAAUAUGCCAUGGAAGGACAAUUUUCAAUAAAGUCUGAUGUAUACAGCUUCGGAGUUUUACUUCUAGAGAUCAUUACAGGCAGAAAGAAUAGUGGUCAAUAUGAAGAUAUUACAGCCACAAAUUUAGUUGGACAUAUAUGGGAUCUAUGGAGAGAAGGGAGAACCAUGGAGAUUGUUGAUCAAUCAUUGGGAGAGUCGUGCUGUGACCUUGAAGUCCAAAGAUGCAUCCAAAUUGGUCUUUUAUGCGUGCAAGAUUAUGCCGCUGACAGACCAUCUAUGUCAGCUGUUGUUUUCAUGCUGGGUAAUGACUCGACUAUUCCUGCUCCAAAACAACCCGCAUUUAUUUUCAAGAAAACUAAUUGUGAGAGUUCAAAUCCAUCAACCAGUGAAGGAAUUUAUUCAGUAAAUGAUGUAAGUAUAACCAUGAUUGAAGCGCGCUGA